AUGCAGGCCAAGUCUGCACAGAAUGUGAAGAUGGUUCACGUCAAAGCCAUGAUGCUCAAAGUAGCGGUAAAGGUGGAAGAGCAAUACAUGGAAGAAUGCACUGCGCUUGCCAGCGCCAACUCAGCAUUGCAGGAUGCACGCGAUCAUUGCCAUUCCUCGGCCUUCACCUUCCUGAAACACUUGGAGGACAAGGACAAUGAGAUUGAAGAACUGAAGUUUCUCAUCCCGGACUCGAUUGAUGCAACUCAUAGGCCUCGUCAGCCGCAGAUCACCUACUACAUGCAGAGGCAGGAUGAGAAGCAGGAGCCGAAGCAGGAACCACCGCACUCCCAGAGGUCCAAAAGUAAAAGACAAAACCGCAAAGGAAAACCUUGGGAGCCUUGCUUUGGCGCAAACCAUAAGAGUUUGAAGCAUUGUGCCUGGGGACAUGGCAAGCUGCAUGAUUUCGGGGUUUGUGUCGAUCGGAAAACACCGCCUCGUCGCCAACUUGUACAGGGCAGGGCGAGUGAAACAGCCAUGCCGCGAAUCUUGUUGAGAAAGAAAAACGGAAAAGACGCGUGGUGUGCUACUCUGUAG